AUGAAGUUAUUGUCUGUCGUGCUGCUGCUCAUUGCUCUAUCUGCAUUAGCUUCAGCCUCCACAUUCCCCACGCACGCCAAGCAUGGUCGCCUAUGGCAAAUUGUGCAAGCAGCACAGCAGAUGAUGCCCAAAUUUCAGGCAAAAGAUCUUUGGUUCAAUCAAUCGGUGGAUCAUUUUGAUGCAAAGAACAAUGCCACAUUCCAGCAACGUUAUUAUGAGGUAAAUGAGUUCUGGAACAAGCCAAAUGGGCCUAUUAUUCUCUACAUCGGGGGAGAAGGUGCGCUUGAGCACGCUCCAUCUGGAUUUGUCCAUGUUCUCGCUAAGACGUUCGGCGCGAAGAUUCUGGCCUUGGAACAUCGAUUCUAUGGUAAAAGUAUACCAAACGGGGACUUGUCGACUAAUAAUUACCAGUUUUUGACGGUGCAACAGGCACUCGCUGAUCUCAAACACUUCAAGGAAAGUCUUCAAAGAUCUCUGGGGACUAAUUCGUGGAUAACUAUUGGAGGGUCGUAUCCUGGGGCAUUGUCGGCAUGGUUCCGUGUUGCUUAUCCGAACUCGACAGUUGCGUCGUUGUCAUCGUCGGGAGUUGUGCAGCCCGUGUACGAAUUUUAUCAAUUUGAUGAACAGGUGGCACUGGCAGUAGGCCCAUCGUGUGCGGAUGUACUGCGCCUUACCACGGAAGUUUUUGAGACUGAGAUUAGGAGUGCCAAUGCUACGAAAGUGAAGGCAUUGUUUGGUGCUCAAAGUCUAGCAGACGCGGACUUUUUCUACAUGAUUGCAGAUGCAGCAGCAAUGAGUGUCCAGUAUGGCCACAAAGAUGUUGUGUGUGACAGCAUGGUAGGAGCCUUUGAGCGUAAUGAUUCCUUAGUCGACGCUUUUGCCAGCUUCACUAUAGAAAUGUACGGAUCUUCGUUUGGCAGCGAAUGUUUUUACGAUACGAAAUGCUUGACCGAAGACCGUGCUCGCUGGGGGGACGGUCGCUCUUGGCGUUGGCAGAAAUGCUCUCAACUUGCAUUCUUUCAGGUUGCCCCUAAACAGGAAAGCAUACGCUCGAAAAUGGUAGAUCUUCAAUAUCACUUGAAACAGUGUGAAUCCGUAUUUGGUGACGUAGUUAACCCAUCCGAAGGUGUGGAUGAAAUUACGAAAUUGUAUGGAGGGGAACAUCCAUAUGGUCACAAGAUUUUUUUCUCGAACGGUGGUGAUGAUCCGUGGCAACGUGCUUCGGUUCUUCAAACGCUUUCGGAUGACUUAAUUGCUUCCUUGGCUAAGUGCGAGUUAUGUGGCCACUGUGGCGAUUUACGCGCCGGCCCGAUUCUACCAGAGCCACUGAAAAAGCAGCGUGCAUUGAUCCUUGAGUAUUUAACGAAGUGGAUAAGUGCAUCUAGCAAGGAGGAGGAAGCGAAUAGCAAGGUAUUGGACUUUGAUACUGAGCAAGAAGUUUUUAAGCUCCAACCUACAGGAAUGCAUCGUUCCUCGCCUCUAGUCCUGUUUCCUAUUCUUAUGGCACUCAUUGCGUUGGUAGGACUUUUAUAUGUUGAUGCCAUUCGGGAUUUCCCAGGACGAAUCAAGAUAAAUCGGCAUGGACUAAUGCACACGCACGACAUUUAA